AGAAUAGCUUUACAGUAAAGACCCGCCCUCUGAAACGUUCAUGCCUCGCAUUUGUAGCGGAAGCAGUGCUGCUGAAAAAAGAAAUCGUUCUCAUACAUUUCAUAAAGACAGAGCAGAAGAAGAUACAACGUGUCCAUACUACAGAUAACCAGCAGUAGAAAUGCCUCGCAUUGAGAAUGACAUCAAGUUGGACUUCAAGGACGUGCUUCUCCGUCCGAAACGAAGCACACUCAAGUCCCGUAGUGAGGUGGACCUGAUGAGAAGUUACAUCUUCAGGAACUCCAAGGGAAGCUACAGAGGAAUCCCCAUCAUUGCAGCCAACAUGGACACUGUCGGCACCUUCAAGAUGGCUCUGGCUUUGUCCAAGUUCACUCUCUUCACUGCCAUUCACAAGCACUAUUCAGUAGAUGACUGGAAGGAGUUUGCAACAAUGAAUCCAGAAUGUGUACCGAGUGUGGCAGUCAGCACAGGGACAAGUGAAGGGGACUUUGAAAGGCUGGGUGAGAUCAUAGCCGCUGUGCCUCAGCUCCAGUACAUCUGUGUGGAUGUGGCCAAUGGCUACUCUGAGCACUUUGUCCACUUUGUUAAAGACGUACGUCAGAAGUACCCAACACACACCAUCAUGGCGGGGAAUGUGGUUACCGGGGAGAUGGUGGAGGAGCUGAUCCUCGCUGGCGCUGACAUCAUCAAAGUGGGCAUCGGACCAGGCUCUGUGUGCACCACCCGUAAGAAGACAGGGGUGGGUUAUCCCCAGCUGAGCGCUGUGAUCGAGUGUGCAGAUGCUGCACACGGCCUGGGCGGACACAUCAUCUCUGAUGGUGGAUGCACUUGCCCAGGUGACGUUUCCAAGGCUUUUGGUGCCGGGGCGGACUUUGUGAUGCUGGGGGGGAUGCUGGCCGGCCACUCAGAGAGCGGGGGCGAGGUCGUCGAGAAGAACGGGAAGAAGUACAAGCUGUUCUACGGCAUGAGCUCCGACACGGCCAUGAAGAGACACACCGGGGGUGUGGCCGAGUACAGGGCAUCUGAAGGGAAGACGGUAGAGGUGGUCUACAAGGGUCCCGUGGACGAGACCAUACGGGACAUCCUGGGUGGGGUACGCUCCACCUGCACCUACGUGGGUGCAGGGAAGCUCAAGGAGCUCAGCCGCAGGACCACCUUCAUCAGGGUCACCCAGCAGCUCAACACCGUCUUUGGGAACGAUAACUAGGCAAGGCCCAGGCUGGUUCCUUAUCUAAGAGUCUUAUUUAAGCAAUAAGGCAUGAGGGGGUGUGGUAUAUGGCCAUAUACCACAAACACCCA